AUGUCGGCUUACGACUUGGCCAAGGAGCUGGAGUCAUUAAAGCUUCAAAUAGCUGAAGACAAGAAUCGUCAAUCGGAUGCGUUCCUGGCGCUGAAAAAGGAAGUUGAGAAAACGAAAUUGGCAAACGCCGAGGUUCACAAUGCUGUAUAUUUGCUCCAAGAAGAGAAGACAAAUCUUCGUAAAGCUGUGCACAAGCUGAAAUUACGCAAUGACAUGAUGCAACGAAAGAUCAACAAGCUGAAGAGUCGCAUUCAGUCUAUUCAAGUUGACGGCGAUGAAUCUUCUGAGGAUGAGAACGAAUAUCUCGAAUAUGAUGAUAUCGGGCGUAAUUUUUAUGCAAUCGGAGGCAGAAACGAUCCAUUGGCGUUCGGAUAUAGUUGCAAAAUCAAGGAUGAAGAUGGACUCGAACACGAGAGCGCAGAACGCUAUUAUUGGUACUUGAUGGCGGAUUACUUCAAGGACACCCAGGCCAAGGAAGCAAUUCGUACCGCUGACAGUUUUGAUAAGGCCAAAAAUGCAAAGAAAAUGAUCUCUGGCUAUGACGAGAAGAAAUGGAAUUCGGUGAAAUAUGCCAAAUACCUUCAAGCUCAACAACGUAAAUUCGAUCAGCUUCGCUCGCUUCGCAACAUUCUCGUGUUGACCGAUAAAGUGUAUUUGGCUGUUUGUCAAGACGAUAAGUAUUUCGGAACAGGAUGGCGCAAGCAACGCGAGGAAGCAAUGAAGCCACUUACCUGGGAUGGUGAGAAUAACGGCGGAAAAGUUUUGAUGAAGCUUCGCAAGGGCUACAUCAAGUCGCAAAAGUGGACCGACGAAAACGAGAUAAUGGAUGCUGAGCAGCGCAUGCGGGACCUGAAAAGAUUUACUUGGCGUCGUGUGAACGCGGAGAAGAAUCCGUCGUCUGGCCGUGCACGUCAACAAAGAUCCAAAGCUUAA